CGGCGGCGCAGCUUGCAAACCAGGGUUGCCAGUGGGGAUGGCGGCGUUGGCGGCGACUGCGGCCCGGCUCUUGAGGCUGCGUGCGGCCGGGGCAGAAGGACAGUGGGGUCGGCUUCGAGGCGCGGGGCCGCAGGCAGCCUCGGCCGCUGGGGAUGCGGCGCAGAGGCGGCAUGUGGCUCACUUCACUUUCCAGCCCGACCCGGAGCCCCAGGAGUAUGGGCAAACUCAGAAAAUGAAUCUUUUCCAGGCGAUAACAAGCGCCUUGGAUAACUCAUUGGCUAAAGAUCCUACUGCAGUAAUAUUUGGUGAAGAUGUCGCCUUUGGCGGAGUCUUUAGAUGUACUGUUGGCUUGCGAGACAAAUAUGGAAAAGAUAGAGUUUUCAACACACCGUUGUGUGAACAAGGAAUCGUUGGGUUUGGAAUUGGGAUUGCAGUCACUGGGGCUACCGCCAUUGCAGAAAUUCAGUUUGCAGAUUAUAUUUUCCCUGCUUUUGAUCAGAUUGUUAAUGAAGCUGCCAAGUAUCGCUAUCGCUCUGGAGAUCUUUUUAAUUGUGGAAGCCUCACCAUCCGGGCCCCUUGGGGCUGUGUGGGCCACGGGGCUCUUUAUCAUUCUCAGAGUCCUGAAGCUUUUUUUGCUCACUGCCCAGGAAUCAAGGUGGUUGUACCCAGAAGCCCUUUCCAGGCCAAGGGACUUCUUUUGUCAUGCAUAGAGGAUAGAAAUCCUUGUAUAUUUUUUGAACCUAAAAUACUUUACAGGGCAGCAGUUGAACAGGUUCCUGUAGAACCUUACAACAUUCCCCUGUCCCAGGCCGAAGUCAUUCAGGAAGGGAGCGAUGUGACUCUAGUUGCCUGGGGUACUCAGGUUCACGUGAUCCGAGAGGUGGCUUCCAUGGCUCAAGAAAAGCUUGGAGUGUCUUGUGAAGUCAUUGAUCUGAGGACUAUACUACCCUGGGACGUGGAUACAAUUUGCAAGUCUGUGAUCAAGACAGGGCGACUGUUAAUCAGUCACGAGGCUCCCUUGACAGGCGGCUUUGCAUCGGAGAUCAGCUCUACAGUUCAGGAAGAAUGCUUCCUGAAUCUAGAGGCUCCUAUAUCAAGAGUAUGUGGGUAUGACACACCGUUCCCUCACAUUUUUGAGCCAUUCUACAUCCCAGACAAAUGGAAGUGCUAUGAUGCCCUUCGAAAAAUGAUCAACUAUUGACCGUAUUG